AUGCUUACAGCAGAUGGCUUCAGUACUUUUGUUUACGGCACCAGAGUUGGGAAUGCUGGGCCACCACCUUUCUUGAAAGUUCGUUCCUCAAAGGCCUUCAUUACAUGUACUGUUGCAAUUGCUGUCUUCACUGAUAUCUUCCUCUAUUCGGUUGUUGUACCUGUUUUGCCGUUUGCUCUGACCGUCAGAGCUGGUGUUAAGGAAGAGGAUGUCCAACGUUGGACUUCCAUAUUUUUGAGUGUGUACGGUGCAGCUCUUGCAGUUGGAAGCCCCCUGUUCGGCUGGUUUGCUGACAGGUCAACUUCCCGCCGCGUGCCACUGUUGCUGGGUCUAUUGGCUCUUGGAGGUUCAACGGCAAUGCUUUGUGCAGGGUCUUCACUAGCUGUUCUUAUCACAGGAAGGCUUCUACAAGGGCUUUCGGCAAGCGUUGUCUGGACGGUCGGUCUGGCACUUUUAUCAGAUACUGUUCCGAAAGAAGACAUUGGUCAGGCCAUGGGUUAUAUGGCGGCUGCGACUAGUUUAGGCUCCCUUACUGGUCCUCUUCUUGGUGGUGUAGUAUAUGCUCAUUCCGGAUACUAUUCUGUAUUCGCAAUUGGCUUUGCCAUAAUUGGUCUAGAUAUCCUUCUGCGUCUCUUUAUGAUCGAGAAAAGUGCCGCUCAACAGUGGUUGCCCAGGAUCCCAUCGAACGGCGAGGAGAUGUCCCCUCAGCAUACUGUGGGAAUGGAGAUACAGUCUGCACCAGCUCUGGAUGAAUAUUCUACAUCGGAAAAGGCAGCACCCGGAAGGACAGCAACGAGAACUCUACCAAUGGCGACUAAGCAUCUUCCCCCUCUCCUCGCUUUACUUCUGGUCCCACGGCUGUUGGUGGCGUUGUUCGGGUGCUUUGUCUACUCGACCUUUCUUGCUUCAUUCGACUCUGUACUUCCUCUUUACGUCAAUGAUGUCUUUGAUUGGAACUCUACUGGCGCGGGUUUGAUUUUCAUCUGUUUGGUUGUCCCACACAUGGCCUCUCCUCUUGUUGGUGGCUUCUCCGAUAAAUAUGGCUCCAGGUUCAUCACAACAGCAGGCCUACUGGGCUCUGCUCCGUGCUGGGUGCUCAUGCGUUUCGUGACGUACAAUUCAAUUGGUCAAAAGGUGCUUCUCUGUGCUCUCCUCGUGCUCAUCGGAGCUUUCUUGACUCUUGUCAUGGCACCUCUCAUGGCCGAAAUCGAUCACGCAGUGGCACUUGAGGAGAAGAAAAAGCCUGGCAGCAUGGGAAAGAAGGGAGCUGCAGCCCAAGGAUUUGGGCUCUUCAAUUUUGCUUUUGCUGUGGGCACACUGAUCGGUCCCUUGUGGGCUGGAUUCACAGUGGAAAAUGCAGGCUGGGGUACAAUGGGUUGGUCCAUGGCGAUACUGAGUGGCGUUUGUGCUAUCACGACAUUCAUUUGGACUGGAGGCAGAAUCAUGCUCAAAGACAAGCCACGGAAUGAGAGUGUGGUAGUCUGA